AUGUCAUCUUACUACGGCGAACGCUCAGGUGGGAUACCGACAUGGGAAUCAUUCGAAGCAGGAGACGACGACGAGGCUGUCGAUAUCUCCGAAUAUCAAUACGCUUCACGAGACCAUCUCCUGUUCUGUAUUGAUGCAUCAGAGUCUAUGCACAAGGUUCGGCCCAAGAAGGAGGACACAGACGAGGAUGAGGGGCCGACUAGGGGCAAAUCUGCGCUCCACCAGGUGCUGGAAUCGGUCGUGCGCUUUGAGAAGGGGAAGGUGAUCACUGGACCGGCGGAUAGUGUGGGAUUGUUGCUGUUUAAUAUCGAUGCUGAGAAGGUCAAGAACACCAGCGGCAACUACAAACCCGGCACGCUGGUCUACCAGAACCUACGCACCAUCAAUGCCGAGGAGAUCAAGAAGAUCAUCAAGCUCGUCGAGCAGGCGGACGAGGAGUACAGAGAGAUGGACGAGGAGGCAGAGGAGGAGCCGGCGAUAUUGAAGGAGACAUUCCCAUCUGCCAAAAAGGGGGACGAGAUGAACAUCGCGGACGUGCUGGUCACCUGCAAUUUCCUAUUCCGUGAUGCAGGGACCAAGCUGGCCGGGAACAAGCGAGUUUUCCUGGUCACCGAUAAUGACGACCCACCGGCGGCAGAGACGACUCUCGCACCCGCCCAGACGGUGUAUGGCGAUCUCCAGACAUACGGUAUUACCGUCAAUACCUACUUCAUAGACCGACCAAAUCAUCGCUUUGACCCGAGAGGGUACUGGAAUACUGUCCUGAAUAGAGAAGAGGAUGAUGGAGCCCCUACGGCCGCUGCGGACGACGGCCUCGAUGCACUGGCUGCGAUAAUGGAUGAUCUGAUCAUCAGACAAGCGCCAAAACGCAAACAAUUCAGUAUUCCGCUGAAGUUGGGCGGAAAGGACGGGGAGAUAGAGAUUGGAGUCAGCGGGUAUUCGAUGAUAUCAGAGCAAGGGAAGGGACAGCCAAAGUAUGUCCGCAUGCGCGGACAGGCAGUGGAGGAGGUCAUGACCAAGACCGAGUACACCUCUGCAGAGACCGGCUCUAUACUCCGCCCAGAAGAAAUAGGGCAAGCGUAUCAAUUCGGACAUGAAGCGACCAUACCCAACAUUCUCGAUCGGAAUUGGUGGGAGUCUGACGAGGCGGUGGAGCAGCAGCGAGCGGUAGCGGAGGAGGCGCUCCGACUGGAUGAGGAGAGGAGGGAGCGCGAGGACAAUGGGGAAGAGGUGGAUAUGGCUGAGCUGCGGAAGACGGCAAAUGGGGAGCCGAUGAAGGGGGAAGGGACGAAGACUGGGGAGGAGAAGAAAGUGGUAGCAAGGACGAGACUCCAAUUCAAACCUGAUGAAGUGAAGGAGCUGAAGACGCUUGGCGUGCCAACCCAAAUAAAGAUCCUAGGUUUCCAGUCAGGCGGCAAUCUCAAAUUCGAUGAGAAUAUCAAGCACUCGUACUUUAUGUAUCCAGAUGAGGAUGCAUACACCGGAUCCACACGCACCUUCGCUGCCCUCCACAAGUCCCUCAUCAAGCUCCAGAAGCACGCCCUCGCCCUCGCUCGCUUCCGCAGUAAUACAACACCCGAGAUCGCCGUCCUCAUUCCCCAAGAAGAAACGUUCACGAAGGAGGGAGCACAAGAUCAACCUCCUGGGUUACAUGUCAUCUGUAUGCCGUUCGCGGAUGAUAUGAGGAAGCCGCCCAAGGCAAUCACGGAGAAUCUGCUCGCGACAGACAGACAGACGGAAUUGAUGGCUACCAUAGUGAAGCGGUUGAGGUUUAAGGGGGAGAAGUACAGGUCUGAAGCCUAUCCCAAUCCAGCCCUCGCCUUCCACUAUGCCCAGCUCCAGUCACUGGCGUUCGAGGAAGAUUUCGAUCCGAACGAGGCUACCGAUCUGGACAAGACACUUCCGAAACAUGCGGGGAUGCACAAGGCGGCAGGCGAGUUUAUGCGGGAGUGGAAUCGGGAGAUUGAGGAGGAUGAGCGGGCGUCCAUUACUCUCAUCAAGCCGGGGAAGCGGUCGGCUGCUGUAUCGGAAGCAGACCUGGCGGACAUCGAGGGGAUGUGGAAGAAGGGCAAGCUGGACAAGCUCAAGGUGACUGAGCUGAAGGAUUACGCCAAAUUCAAAAAAAUCAGUCUCGAGGGCAAGACGAAGAAGGCGGAUUUGGUGAUUGUCAUGGACGCUUGGCUGAAGACGAACGUUGGCAUGGGGAACAAAAAGGCAAAGAAUUAA